GCGGGGCCGGCAGGGGGCGCUGCGGCGCGAACCCCUCCCUCCCAUCAUGGCGGCCUUUCCCCGCCGCCGCUUUCUGGGCGGCUUCGUGUGCGGUGCCGCGGCGGGCGCCGUCGCUUCGUGCUGGGCCGCGUGGCGGCUCCUCCGCAGCCAGAGCCGGCCGGAGCCCGUGCCGCAGCCGCAGGAGCCGGUAGAAGAGUCUCUGCUGGAGCAGUACGGGUUCCCCGAAGCCGGGACGGAGACCAGGUGCUACACAAACCACGCGCUCUCCUAUGACCAGGCCAAGCGGGUGCCUCGGUGGGUGAUCGAGCAUAUUUCAAAGCAGAAGAUGCUAGGUAAUGCAGACCGAAGGCACUGUAAAUUCAGACCAGAUCCUAACAUCCCUCUAAUGUUUAGUGCUGUCAAUGAAGACUACGUUGGGAGUGGCUGGUCACGAGGACACAUGGCACCAGCAGGAGAUAACAAAUUUUCAACAAGAGCCAUGGCUGAAACAUUUUAUCUUUCUAACAUUGUGCCUCAGAAUUAUGAAAAUAAUGCUGGAUUUUGGAACAGAAUGGAAAUGUACUGUCGGGAAUUGACUGAGAGAUUUGAGGAUGUUUGGGUUGUUUCUGGACCUCUGACCUUGCCUGAAACAGGUGGUGAUGGAAAGAAGAGAGUUAGCUACCAGGUAAUUGGAAAGGAUGAUGUGGCUGUGCCAUCCCACCUCUACAAGGUGAUCCUUGCCAGACGGAGCAGAACAACAACAGAGCCCUUGGUCCUAGGGGCUUUUGUGGUCCCCAAUGAUCCCGUAGGCUUCAGUCACCAGCUGACUGAGUUUCAAGUAAAUAUUGAAGACCUGGAAAAAAUGUCAGGUUUGGUUUUCUUCCCCCAGGUGGACAAAACCAAAGAUGUUAAAAAUAUCUGUGAUGUGGACACCUGUAAACUGAUGGGUUUCAAGGAAUUUACAUUGUACAUCACUGCUCGAAAAGUGCAAAGUGCUCGUACGUUGCACCGGUUGGAGAAAGUCAUGUCAGAAUUAAGGGAAGCGGGAAUAGAACCUGACAAAUAUCUUCUAAAGCUUCACAAGAAGAAGGAGGAAGAACUGAUGCAGGAAAAACAAGUAGAAGCUAGAGAGGGGAGAGCUGGAUGAGUGCUUGUUCAGAAACAUGUUGGGUUUUGAACUUUCAGAGGGAGGCUGUAGGCAGACAAAAAAUAGGGCUUUCUGAAUUACAUAUUUUGAAUUGUGGAAAAUAAAGAAACAUUUGGAAGUUGAUGAGGUUGGAAUAAUGUUCAUUCUCCUGUAAUAUGAUGCACACAUGGUUUGCUGCAGUAUUUAGAUGUGGGAAAUGAAAAUGACCCCUUUCUGGCAUGAAUACAUUACAGGACCUCCAGGAAAGGCUUUGUAUUAUUUUCCAAACCAGACGUCAGACUUGGGGUUUGUAUGGAAUCCCUUCUAGGAAUAUUGUAAAAAUAGACAGUAGACACCUUGGGAGUAUAACUGGAACACGUCUAAAUGUAACAGCCUGCAAUUGUCUUUCAGUAUGAUGCCAUAGGAGCAAUAGUAGUUCUAGGAUUUUUUUUAUGAAAUUAAUUUAGACAUAUUUUGUUUAACACUUUUUUAUAUAGAAACCUGUAUUAAAUAAUCCCUUACAGUCUUAGUUAGUUGUGUUCAGCAAACAUUUCAGGUUGUCUCUUGUCUUUACAGACCUUGUGCACUUUGGAUACUUAAGCAUGUCGGUAGCUGAUGACUGUUAUGAAUCACAGCAGCCUUUUUCCGUUAAUGUAUAUUCUGCAAAUUAAAAAAAAAAAAAGAAUUGGAGUUUACACAAGUUGCUACCAGUGUAGAUUAGAUCUUCAAAAAUUAAUAUAAGCUUAAUAUUUCACUUUCACCACCACAUUUGAGUAAUAUGCAAUGAAACGCAUGUUUGGUCUGAGAGAAGAACACCUGCUUUUUGUUUUCACUUUUUGCUUUAUUUUUGUUUGUGGUCACUCGCUCCUCAUGCCCAGUGCCACGGUCUUUGAGCAAUGAAACUUGUACAUGUAAAAGAUUGAUUACAAACACAUUUAUGAACGUUUUUCUUUAGUUUUGUACUUGUUUUGUUUAUGUAUCUUAAAUUUCAUACCUAAACAAAUAAAUUAGUAUGACUUGCA